AGCAUCAUUUAGCUAGCUGAUUAAGUAGCCGGGGAACAUACUGGUCCUGGCCAUGGAGUGCACCUCAAGAACCAGCAGGCUCUCGUCUUGCCUCCUCCUGGUCGGCGUGCUCCUCCUGUCCUACUCCCUCGGCUCGGCGGCCGCGUCUCGCCGCCUGCUCCAGAGCUGCUCGGCGCAGGAGUACACCGUGCCGCAGGCGCACUUCCGCGCGCUGCACUUUCUCCGGCCUCUCAAGUGGAGCGACGCCCUGGCCGACCGGGCAGCGCAGUGGGCCGAGCAGUACAAGGGCGACUGCGCGGCCGCGUCGCCCGCGGCGGGCGUCAACGUGUUCCGGGGCUACGCUGGCGGGAGCUGGCAGCCCAGCGACGCGGUGGCGGCGUGGGCGGAGGAGAAGGACAACUACGACUACGGGUCCGACUCGUGCGUGGUGGGCAAGGAGUGCGGCCACUACAGGCAGCUGGUGUGGCGGGACAGCACGCAGCUCGGCUGCGCCAGCGUCGACUGCGCCUCCGGGGAGACGCUCAUGACCUGCCACUACGAGCCGCAGGGCAACCUCAUGGGACAGAAGCCUUUCUGAUCCGUCAAUGCUGGAGCACCGGCGGCCGGUAGCUACAUGGUGGCUCACGAGCUGCCAUGGUGCCACUAAACGUUUCUGAUUAUGUUCUUGCCCUGCUUUGCGAUGUUCAUCCCUUAGCUAAUUUGUUGGGAGUUAAGAUAGACGAUGCCAUGGGGAGUGACGAGCUUAUGCUUGGCCUCGCUUGUUCUGUUCAAGGCAUGACCUCAUCAGAACCAAAUCUGUCUCCUGUAAUCUAAACUAUUUUUUAUUAGUCUGUUGUUGAUUCUUCAAUCCAUGUGUUUAAGGAAGACAACUCAUAUUC